UUGACACUCCUUAACUAUUAACUAAUCAAGAACUCCUUCUUCAACCUCCACUCUCAACUCCUCUGCAAUUCAAUGGCGGAAAUUGAAGUGCCCCCAUACUUCCUGUGCCCCAUAACCAUGGAGAUGAUGAAGGACCCCGUCACCGUCUCCACCGGCAUAACCUACGACCGGGAGGCCAUCGAACGAUGGGUCUUCUCCGACAACAACACCACCUGCCCCCUCACCAAACAGCCUCUAAUCAUCUCCAUCAUCACCCCCAACCUCACUCUCCGACGCCUCAUCCAGUCCUGGUGCACUCUCCACGCCUCCAAUGGCGUCCAGCGUCUCCCCACCCCUAAACCCACCCCCACGCACCCCCAGCUCUCCAAGCUCCUCCAAGACUCCUCCAACACCAUCUCCACCUCCCAAAUCAAAUCCUUGCAGAGGCUCCGAUUAAUCGCCGCCGCAAACCAAUCCAAUAAAAGAUCCUUGGAAGCCGCCGGCGCCGCCCAGAUCCUUUCCUCCUUGAUCGUCGCUAAAUCCCUCCAUGGCCAUGAAGACGAUGACUGCUGCGAGGAGGCUCUCGCCAUUCUUUACACCCUCAAAUUAUCAGAAUCCUCCCUCAAAACCCUAACCAAAAAUCCCCAAUUCUUCCAUUCUUUAACCCUCCUGAUGCAAAAAGGACGAAGCUACGAAUCUAGGGCUUACGCCAUCAUGCUCCUCGAAUCCAUGGCGGAACUCGCCGAUCCUUCUCAGCUCAUCAAUCUACGCCCACAAUUCUUCACGGAAUUAUCCCAAAUCCUGAGGGAUCAAAUCUCCCCAAAGGCAUCAAAAGCAGCGCUCACAGCGUUGAUCAAUGCUACCCCAUGGGGGAAGAACAGGAUCAAAGCAGUAGAAUCUGGAGCAGUAUCAAUCCUGAUCGAUCUUCUCCUCGAUUCAUCCGAUAAAAGACAGUGCGAGAUGAUUCUUACAGUGUUGGAUCAUCUCUGCCAGUGCGCCGAGGGGAGAGCCGACCUGCUGAGCCACGCCGCCGGAUUAGCCGUCGUCUCCAAGAAGAUUCUUAGGGUUUCCCAACUCGCCAGCGAACGAGCUGUCAGGAUAUUACACUCGAUUUCGAAAUUCUCGGCGACUCCGGCAGUGGUGGCGGAGAUGCUGCAGGUGGGUGUGGCUGCCAAAUUGUGUUUGGUGCUUCAGGUGGACUGUGGAUCGAAGAGCAAGGAGAGAGCUGUAGAAAUGCUGAGAUCGAAUGCUAGGGCAUGGAGGAAUGCCUCCUGCAUGCCCAACAUUUUGAUUUCUUCAUAUCCAUGUUGAUCCAGAACUUUCAUGGAUCCAAUUUGUAAGUUGUAAGAAUGUGAAGAUUUUGAUUACUUCCGUAUAGUUUGAAUUGUAUUGAUUGGGGAUGUAAGAUAGUAAAAGUUUUAAUUUUUUUUUGAUAUGAUUGUGAAUGUUUAUGGGAUGGAGAGGAG